AUGGACUUCUCCGACAUCUUUCGCAUGGCCAACCUGGCAGUGGGUGUAUUCAUGCUUCUCGGCGGAAUCGGACAAUUCUUCGAUGGGAGUGGCAGCUUGAUCAUAGCAGUCUAUCUGUUCAUCUUCGGCAUCUCGACCGCCCUUCUCGAAUUCCAAAUCCCGCCUCAAGUCGCUCGAUAUGCGUCUUUCAUGUUCUCCUUCAUUGGACGUGGAGCUUUCUACCUAUUCGUGGGCUGCAUAACCAUGGGCGAUAACUGGUGGAAGUACGUCGCGGGAGGCCUUGUUGCUCUCGCUGGAGUGGGAUACAUUGGAUUGGAGUUCGUGCCGAGCAUUGAGCCUCCGGCGAAUAUGAGGGAUGCCGAUGCUGGUUGGGGCGCUGAGCAGGUCUAG